AUGUCUGCCACAGAGGUCAAGUCUGCUCCAGCCGAGCCUGAGGUCAAGCCCGACUUCAGCUGUCCGGAUCUGGUCGUGUUCGAGCCCCGAACCUACGGCGACUGGCGCGACGAGUUCCACAAGAACGGCUGCGUCGUGAUCAAGAAUGUGAUCAGCCCUGAACGCGCCCAAUAUUACCGCGAAAAGCAGAUACAGUGGCUGAAAAACUUUGAGCUGGGAUUUGAUGAGAAUGAUGAAAGUACUUGGACUGCUGAUCACUUGCCAGUGAGCUUCAAGGGAGGGAUGUACUUUGCCUACGGCUCGCCUCACGAGAGAAUGUCCUGGGAAGCCCGCACAGAGCCCGCCGUCAUCGAAAUCUUCGAGAGGCUCUGGGAGACAAAGGAACUCAUCUGCUCCUUUGACGGAAUGAACAUCUCCAUGCCCCGACGCAAGGACGUCCGCUGGAGCCCGUGGCCGCACUGCGAUCAGAACCCGGAGCGCAAAGGGAUGCAAGCCGUCCAAGGCCUCCUAAACUACGCCCCCAACGGCCCAAAAGACGGCGGUCUAAUGCUAAUGAAAGGAUCCGCCAAGCUCUUCGACGAAUUCUUCGCCUACAAGCGCGAAUCUUUCGACCAUGAAGACGCCCCGCCUCCCGAAAUCAAAUUCAUGGACCUGUUCCUGUUCAGCGAGAAGGAUGUCAAGUGGUUCCAGGAGCGCGGCUGUGAGCUGGUCAAGGUCAACAUGGAGCCGGGUGACUUUGUGCUUUGGGAUUCCCGCACCAUGCACUACGCCUGUCUUCCUGAGGGUGAUCAGAUUCGUCAUGUUCAGUAUAUUUGUAUGACGCCUCGAAGAUUCGCGACGCCUGAGACGCUGGAGUUGAAGAGGGAGUGCUUUGAAAAUUAUACUGGCACUACACAUUGGCCUCAUUGGUAUGUUUCCGUGCCGGGUCUGGUGAGAUAUGAUACUAAUGAUGUGCUUAGCAAUGUGCGUCCAGCCAAGGAGAAGCCUAUGCGUGAUGGGAAGGUUUGCCCCAAGGAUCGCAGUGAGCCUUUUGAGAAGCCGGUCGUUACGGAUACUGUUUUGAGGUUGGCUGGUGUUAAGGCCUAUUAG